AUAAUUUUCAGUAUUUCUUGUUGCUGCAAAGAAUAGCAGCUGAUGUGGAGAAAUGUUUGAUGCUUCAAGACUCUCUGAAGCUGAUUAUGUUAGGUGCACCCAGUGGUUGUGAAUUCAUACCGCAACUUUGUGGCUGGAUUUGCUGUCUUAUUACAAGAUUUCAGUCUGGCGUCCAGUCUGGGAGCAGGCAUCUUUUGCACACUUGAAUUAUUUCAAAGAAUCACUCUCCAUUCUCCACUGUUUCCGGAGUGAAUUCAGACUAUAAAAGAACGACCAUCAGCUCACAGACACCAUCAUCUACUGAUGAACAUCUUCAAGCCACAGUCUGAUUCAGGUGGUGAAGCAGACGAAAGCCAUGAAGAAACGGAAGAGUGCGAGACACAGACAGGACUGAACCUGAAGGACUGAAGGACUUCAACCUGCGGCCGGAUCAACAGCGUUCGGAGAGUGUUUUUAUGUUGAUGGAAGAAGGUGGAAAUUGUGACGCUGUGAAAGUUCUCCUUUGACUUCUCUGUGGAAAAAGAAACACAAAGCAACUGGACAAGUUCUGUCAUAAAUUGCUUCCUCAGGAAUUUGUGAAACAAUGGCACAACAUAACGUCAGCAUCAAUGACUCAACUGCAUCAGAUCAUGGUUUACCUCAACAUGGAACAUGGGAAAACGAUUACGCAGAACUUGUGUUUAUCCGUGUCCUUUCAGUCGUUGAGAUUCCAGUCAUGAUCUUGACUCUGAUUGGCUUGUGUUUCAUCAUCAAAUCCCAGCAUGCUGCUUCAGUUUUUGUUAGUAAUUUGAUACUUUCAGAUCUCAUACAGGUCAUUUGUUUGUUAAUAGCAGCAUCAACUACCUCUUCGACACUUUAUCUGACUGUUGAAUAUUACUAUUCUUUGAUGGUGGGUCUGUAUUUUAUGGCAUGUGUGGCUUUUGAACGAUAUCUUCUGGUUUCUCAUCCUAUCUGGUACAGAUCUCACCAGUCACUCAAACUCUCCUGUUUUAUUUCUGUGAUCGUCUGGUUUGUGCUUCUGAUCUUUGCAAUAAUAUGCCCCCAUUGUUUUAAUUUUAAUCAUCUAUCCAUGUGUAUAGCAUGUUUAAUUCCUUACCCCAUAAUCAUUCUCUGUUUUGCUGGCACUUGUCGAGGUCUUUCUCGCUCAAUAUCACUGACUGCUCUUCAGCGCAAAUUAAUUUUGGGCAGUUUGUUCCUGGUGCUGUUGACUUACACAUUUCUCAUUCUGCCUUAUGUGAUUAUGGUAUUUAUGCCAUAUGUUGGUAUAAAACCUCACCGCUAUACACGAUUGCCCAUGUAUGUGAAUCCACUUGCUGACUGUUUUCUGUACAUGUUCAUAAGGUCUGAUGUUCGUAAUAUGAUGAAGUCUGUUUGCUGCUGUCGUAGACAUCAGAGUUCGAAUCACAACCAGGACGAACGCGCUGUAGUGAAUCCACAGAACAGCUGCUGUACUGUAGUGUGCUGUAUUUCAGCUCAAAAGCCUGCAUCUCAUGCACUGAACACCUGCAGCUCAGUUUAACCUGCUGCUAAAUAUAGAGCUGAAAAACACUGUGCUAUAUUUAAUUGAAGUCAGUGUCAGUUUUUACAUCGCAAGCACAAUUAAUUUCUAGUUUAAUGCUAUUAUGAUAUUUAUGCUUGUUUGCUGAUUUUCCUUAUGCAUGAACAUUUCCUGUGCUGGCAAGUAUCUGAUUUAAGAUUAAGAAAACAAUAACACCACAGUACAAGUACAUAUCUGCCAAAUGGGAAAUAAAUAACAGAAUCAUCAGUUUGUCCAACCAACUGCUUUUAAUGGACAGCAUUCAAUAAACACUACU